UCCAUUUUCUACGUUGUUGUGACAUUUUAAUUUUUACUCUUCAAAGAAAUAUUAUAACUUAUAUUUAAAUAAUAAUGUUGUCCUGUUUUCAGCGAUAUAAAGAAAGUGAUGUCUAAUUGCUUGUUUUAUAAAUAUUGAAACAGUAUUGUGUUGUUCCCUUAUGAUAGAAUACAAAAUGGGUUGAAUUAGUGAUUGCUAUCGGCAUACAUUCAUUUUCAUUUCAUGAUUUUCUGUUUUUCGCACACAAAGUUGACAAUGGAACUGGAUGUAUCGCCAGUGAACGUAAUGGAUGGCAAUAUGGACUGCUCAGAUAACUCGUCGGAUAGUAAAUACAUAACUUGUAAUAACAACGAGCAAUCGUAUUCCGUCAUACGCAUUCCAGAAGACGAAGGAAAAUCGAGCAAGCACUCAAAAAAGCAAUCUAAAAGAAGAAAAAAGAGUUCAAGUCACUCGAGACCUUUACCGAGGAUUAUUGUAAAACCCUUACCACCUCCUCCACCUCCUGAAAAUAGAGAAUGGACUGCUGCAACAUCAUGUAUAGAGACAUCCAGCAAUAGACCAUCCACUAUGAGAGAAGUACUAGCAAGUAUACCAGGCUUUUGUAUAAAACCGAGAAAACGUAGUGGUAAGAAACUAUCAACAGCAGCUCAAUUACAACAAACUAGGGAAGGGUGCAUUGACUUAGAAACUCCUGAUUCAAUAUUAGUAAAUACAAAUAUUAGGGCACUACUGAAUAAACACACAUUUUCCCUUCUCCCACCACUCUAUCAAUUUAAAUUGGGACAGUUGUUACCAAGUGUUGAUAGAUUAAGUCCAUCAGGAAGAUUAAAUUCGUCUAGUCUGAAUAAUGAAUUCUUUGCUCGAGCAUGCCUAGAAUGGCAAGAUUGUCUUUCUGGGGGUGAGUUUACUCCAGAAAAUCAACAAAAAAUGAAGACUGAAGCUGAAAGAGAGAAAAGUAAAAUUGACCCUUGGAAGUUAAAACAUUUUGAACCUAUUUGGGGAGAAAAAUCACGGAAAGAAAAAUCAUCAAUAAAUUUUAAUUCUGAAAGACCAUCUUUAAAAACUACAAUAAAAUUAAGACCCACAGCAUCUAUAACAAGUAGUAGUACUGUUCCUAAAAUUAAAAAGAAUAAAUCUUCAAGCAAUAGUAAGAGAAUGAGAUCUGUUGGUGCUGUAACAAGAUCUUCAACUAAAACAGAUGAUGUGGUGGAUGACUCUGUUACUAUCAGUAUAAAACCAUCUGUACCACUACCAGACUUAUUACCUUUAAAAAUUGUAAAGAAUCAUAAUCAGGGCUAUAUAGACUGCCAGGGAGAGUUUAGUUUUUCAGACUCCUCAUUAGUACAAAGACAGGAUGAUUCUGUAUCAACAACACCUGUUGAUCCUCUUUUACUACCUGAGGGAGAUUCAGAUCGAACUGAUGUAAGGCAGGAAUUAAAUAUGACUGUGGUAAACAUAGAAGAGUCUAGCACUUCCAAAGACUGUGAAGAAUAUAAAACAACAGAUUCAGAAUGUAAUUUUCCUGAAACAUCCAAAAGAUUAAGUGAAGACAAUGGAGAUUAUCUUAUAUCUUCUGCAAAAAGAAUAAAAUAUGAAGAAGAUUAUGAAUUGAAUGGUACCAGUUUUAUAUCACAUACUGAUAUAGAAGAAAUACAUAGACCAGACAGCAACAACUGUUCAGAUACUGAUGCAAAUUAUGCUAAUGAUGCCUGUUCAAAUGAAGAACUUCAUUUAUACCCUGGUCAAGAUGGCGGAGAUACAAAUAGUGAAGAUGGUAAAGGUACACCUAUGUUUGAGUAUGAUGAAAGAAGUGUAUCCUCAAUAUCAAGUUUAAAAAUUGAGACAAAUAUUAAUAAUAUUGUAAAUGAAUCCAUUGCAAGUGCAAGUGUACCUACCUAUAAAGAUCCUCCAAAUGAAAGUGAAUACAGUUCUGAUUUGCAAUGUGAACUAAAAUCCUUCUCACCAAUUGUAAAUAAUGAAGAACAUAUUACAGAAUCAGGUUCAGAAAAUAAUAAUGUGUUAAAAGAUGAGGUAGAAACAAAUGACAAUAUUAUUCAUAAAGCUGAGCAAGAACUUUCUAGUGAAACAAUAGAAGUAAUACAAGAAGUGGAGUGUCAGUCUUCACAACCCAUAGAACAAGAAAUAAAAACUGAUAAUCACUCUGAAAAAUCGGUUGAAAAAGAAAGACCCGUGGAGAAUAUAAUACAGAACUAUUAUGAUGAACAUUUCAAAGAUGCAGAAUCUUUUAUAUUAGAGACAGGUGGUCUCUCAAUACUAACGCCACAGGGUGAAGAUGUUAAAUACACACCACAUCCAAAUUUAAUGGAACUAUCAUCAUAUAUGAGUGAAACAAAUGUGACUGCUGUUGUAACUAUGCCCAUGACACAAAACUCUUCAUUACCCAUGAUGGAGGUUACUAAUACAUCAAUUGUAUCAUAUCCUGAUGAUAAUAUGCAGGACCCAGAUAAACCAAAAAACUCCGCUGUAUUAUGGAAAAAUGACAAUGAUUGGACAAACAAUGAAAAUGUUAUGACAAUGCACACAUUUUCUAAUGUGAACACUGAUAGUUCAAAAUAUGUCAGUGAUGAUUCCAAAAUGAGCAUGGAUGAUGUAAAUGUCAAUGAUGAAAAUUGUAUGUAUAAAGAGGACAGGGAUGCCAACUUUAAUAUGGAAUCGUCCAACUCUUCGGAAAGUUGUCAGUCAAUGAAGGAGACCAGUUUGAAGCAAGAGAUAGAAGCUGUCCCCACCUUAGUAUCCAGCACCACAGUUACCCAUCCACCUGUUAAUUCUACAACUAUGACACAAAGCAUAAGGCCCACAGGGAAAAAAUCUAAAUCAGGAAAAGAAUCUAACAGGAGUCGGAGUUCGAAUAAAGUGCCGCCCGGUGCUGUGAAUCUCGAGCGUAGCUACCAGAUAUGCCAGGCCGUAAUCCAGAACAGCCCCAACCGCGACGCGCUGCGUGGCCAGCUGCGGCCACCUCCCGCUUUGCUGUCCCGUCCCCCGCGCGCCGCCCGCGCCCCCCUCGUGCCCCACGCACCCCACGCACCUCCGCCGCCCCCAGUUCUCGUCAGGCAAAUGCCAGUUUCGGUCGUGCCUCACAAUGAGAUAAAUGAAAAUAGAUCUAAUAAUGUCGGGCAGUACAUUCUCGUACAAAGAACACCUAAUGUCGCGCCUCGAGCAUCUAGUGCUCCACCGUCAAAUCAAAAUUCCAACGUUAGUGUAGCGAGAUGUCGAAGCGUUGGCGCUGACGAUGCAUGCGUGUGUAACUUACGCGCUAUGAUUCUAUGCAAAAAAUGUGGUGCCUUUUGUCACGACGAUUGUAUUGGCUCAGCCGAGCUGUGCCUCACCUGCCUCAUACGCUGACCCCGCCGCCGCGGGCCUGCUGCUCCUGCCGACUGUACUCUGCCCCAUCAAACCAUUUCCAAGCUCCUGCCACUUCAAUUGACUCCUCAAUAUGCAACUGUAAUUGACUGUUUCAUAGAAAUUUAUUGUCGCGUGAUUAAUAUUUUUCUAGUUUUAACUUCUAGAAAUGAGUUAUACAUAUAUAGUACGUGUAGUUCAGCAUAUUGCUGAUUAUUGUAACACUUAUUUUUACCAAAUUUACCACUUUAGGAUAUUCUUUUUGUGUCUCGGUAGAGCUAUAAUAUAAUUUCAAUAUUUCAUUUGAAUGUGUAAUGAGUAUUGUAAGACAUUACAAUUGUAUGAAGCCCAAAGCUACGUAACCGUCUUUGAUAAUUUGUUUUUGCAAAUUAUUGACUAUAGAGAGCAGUUGUUAGGAAUAGUGGUGCUAUAACUUUGUGAAUGGAAUGCAACAUCGGAAAUAUUAAUUUAUAUAUGUAGAUGACGAAUUCACCAAAUUUUCUUAUAGUUCGUGCUUUACCACUCGAUUAUUAAGACUAUAUCCGACUUUGAGACGGAACUUUUUGUGUAAUUUUUAUUACAAAUUGUGUAUAUAUUAGUUAUCUUGUCCUAAGGUUUUCAAGUAUUUGACAAUUGUUCACACCAUAACCUAUCAUUGAAUAGUAUAUAAUAUGCAACAAUACUACUUUGAUAUUUGCAACUUUUUUACUUCAUUAAACAUUAUGUUUCAUUGCACAAUAAUAAUGUAGGUAAUAUUAGUUACUUGGAUUUCUGUACGUAUUUUAUUUAUAUUUAACGAGAAAGCGUGAAACAACGUAGCGUACUAAAACUUGUUAACGUUUAUUUAAAAUUAAGAAGUGUAGGCUUUUUGUUAAGAGUAUGCGAAAGUAUAGUGUCUAAGCGAUAGUUAUCAUAUUUGCCAUUAUAUUGACUACAAACAUCAUCACAUUUAGUUUUAUGCAAUUGUUAUUAUUAUAUUAGUUACUUUUGUAACAAUACAUGAGUUAAAUCAAACUCAUCUUGAAUGUUCGCAGUAUAUCAUGCAGUAGGAUGUAACCUGUGUAAGGCCACCUAACUAGUUCGAGCAUGUCUAUACAUGACAAAAAUCUUCUUGUUUUAAACAAAUUAAAUCAAUCUUUAUAGAAAACAUGCCUUAUUUGUUUGUAUGAUAAUAUGAUUAAAAUUGCUCAUAGAACUUUUGUAGAUACCUGAAUUAAUAUGCUUAUGCACCAAAUUAUUUUCCAUUAACUUAUGAUAUAAGAAGAGUAUGGAUGUACAGAUAUUUAUUGACACGAGAAGGCUGAAGAAUGCAACAUCAGGUGGGACUGUAUUAGUGGUAACUAAGGAUUCUUAAUAAGUAUAUUAUAGUAUAGAGAAUCACUUGUUAUACUUAAGUUUAUCACUAUGGCGUGUAGUGUACACUAAUAUGACGUUAAGUCAUGCAAUAUAUUUAUAGUUAUCUAUAAUAUUUUUGUAAGGACCUUUUACAAAUUGAAAAAUAGCUUUUGCUAAUUUAAGACCCCAUUUUAAUAUUGGAUUUCAAAUUUACUACAUUACAUUAUAAUCUCUUUCUGAUCUCUUGUUUUACGUAAACCUCGAAUGCGCAUUAAAUCCUUUUAGGUCAUAUUGAGUGUAGUAUAUUGUAUGUUGUAAUAAUAACAAUAUUACAAUGGAAAUAACUGAUUAUCAAAAAAUAACAGAUUACUGUAUUAGGUAUGUGCUAUUUCUAUAUGGAUUGUAAUGCUACGCUGGCGGGACACCAGUGGAGAUAGUGAAUGAUAGGAUGAGGAUCAAGUUCAGUUAGCUCAUUAUGGUUAAUUCACUAGGUAUUAACCAUUGUUGGGUUUCAAGCACAACCGCGUGGAGGUCAACAUGACUCUAUACAUUAUUAGUCACUAUUGCUCAUCGUCAUUACUAACAACCCUCUCCCUUAAUAAUAAUACUGUAACAGCUAUGCCUAGUUCGUUUUCAUAGCAUUGCCUUACUGCCAUUUACUUACAGACACUAUUAUAAAAAUUAAACAUAGAAUAGAUUAUAUAAAUUAAUAAAAGUAUUGCUCAGUCUGUUUGACUAACAAAUAUAUACCUUUAUAGUUAUAAAAUAAGAAUAAAAUAUAACAUAUUAUGUACGUUAAAAAUGCUAUAUCAAUAGAUUCCCACGGAGUAGAUUUAAAUAACACAAUAGUAUUGACAGACAUGUUCUAUAUUUUUGCCCAAGAGAAUAUUGAUGAUUAAUUCUCAAUGUUGUGUCAUAUAGAUAUUUUUAAUAUUAUUUUCUAUACAGAAUUUAGUAUUAGGUAUUUCAAACUGAUAUCUAAUGAUGAGAUCUAAUGCAAUAAUUAAAGUAAUUACAAAAUAAUCUGAAUUACCUUUAACGUUUGUAUACUUUGAUAAUAUGGUAUAGUACUUACAUGAUUUUUUUAACAAUAUAUAAGCAAAGACUAUAUAUGAUAUGUGGUCUAGUUACAUAUUGCUCCAUAUCCAUAACUUCAUUUAUGUGUGUUAUGCAAACAUUCAAUUUUUAUGAUUUCCGUAUAUUCACAUGUAUGUUAUUUAUUGGUAAUUAGUUAUUAUAGGCACUUGAACAUUUUUCUCUAAUAAAAUUAUGUUCUAAUA